GUACGGGCUACACCGUUGAACGAGUUGCAGUGGAGACGUUACGAUGGAGUCUGGAGGGAAAUCAAGCAAGGAUAAAGUUGUGGCUGUUGUAGGGGGUGGUUUGGUUGGAGCUCUGAAUGCCUGUUAUUUUGCCAGAAGAGGAUUUCAGGUGGAGGUAUUUGAGUCACGUGAUGAUAUCCGUGAAGCCAAAAUCGUGCGGGGACGGAGCAUUAACCUGGCCCUGUCCCACCGCGGACGCCAGGCCCUCAGCCGGGUGGGGAUGGAGGAGAAGAUUGUCUCCAAGGGGAUACCAAUGCAUUCCAGAAUGAUCCACUCUCUGAAUGGGAAGCAGUCGCCUAUUCCCUAUGGCAAGAAAGGCCAGUACAUACUGUCGGUUGACCGGGCCAACCUGAACAAAGAGCUGCUAACGGAGGCAGAGAGAUAUCCCAACGCCAAGAUGAACUUUGACCACAAACUGCAGGACUGGAGUCCUGACACAGGGCUGAUGACCUUUCUCAGGCCCGACGGCAGCGCGCAGUCGCUGCAGGCCGACCUCAUCGUGGGCUGCGACGGCGCCUUCUCCACCAUCCGCAAGCAGUUCCUCCGCCGGAGCCGCUUCAACUUCAGCCAGACCUACAUCCCCCACGGGUACCUGGAGCUCACCAUGCCGCCCGUCGCCGGAGAGUUUGCAAUGAAGCCAAAUUAUCUUCACAUAUGGCCCCGAAACACGUUCAUGAUGAUUGCCCUGCCAAAUCUGGACAAGACAUUCACCUGCACACUCUUCAUGCCGUUUGACGAGUUUGAAAAAAUCACCACAGGGGACGACGUGAUGGAAUUUUUCCAGGAAUACUUUCCCGAUGCCAUCCCACUAAUCGGAGUAGAGGCACUUAAGACGGACUACUUCCGCCUGCCCGCCCAGGCCAUGGUGUCCAUAAAGUGUUCCCCGUAUCACAUCAACGACAAGUGCGUGCUCAUGGGAGACUCUGCCCACGCCGUGGUUCCUUUCUACGGACAAGGGAUGAACGCAGGCUUCGAGGAUUGCAUUGUUUUCGAUGAAAUAAUGGACCAGUGCAACGAGGACUUCAGUGCUGUUCUGCCCGAAUACACCCGCGUUCGAGUACCUGACGACCACACUAUUGCAGACCUGGCCAUGUACAACUAUGUCGAGAUGAGAGCGCACGUCAACUCCAAGUGGUUCCUCUUCCGGAAAAAGGUUGACGACAUCCUCCACUUUCUCCUGCCCAAGAAGAUAGUCCCCUUGUACACAAUGGUCACCUUCACCAGAAUCAGAUACCACGAGGCCUUGCAGCGCUGGCAUUGGCAGAAUAAGGUGAUCAAUCAAGGCCUGCUGGUUUGUGCUACUGGGGCGGUUCUGGGAGGCUCAUACCUGAUAGCUAAACACCCUCCGAAAAUACAGAGCAUCCCUAUUGAGAAAGUGUGGGACAGACUGCUAAGCCUGAAAGUCUGAGUAAAAAUGAACCUGUCCGCUAUCGGAAACCCAGAGGUCAGAGGUCAUGCUCAGAAUCUGUCUGAUUUAUGUGUCAUCCUGUUAAUUGUUGCUUUUAGUCACUUUGAUGUUUUCUUGAAUAAAUCAAUUGUUUUGCCUCUUU